CUGUCUCCUUCCAUCAAGCGAGCUGCGAAGGAGGUCAAAGGCUCUUUCCCACGCCAGUCAUGCCACAACCAGUUAAUUUGACGAACGAGAAUGAUGAAGUUUGGGAAGAGGUGCCGGAGGACUCAGAGGAAGAACAGUUUGAACCUCGUAGAGCCACCUCUCGAGCUUACAGCCCCAGGGCGUCGACUAUCAAACGCAGAACGGCUCAAAGAGCUACAUUCCAGCGUACGCAGAUCAGACAGGCUCCGAGGAUUGAAAGAAGACAUGUACACAUCCCAACUGAACAAUGGUUGGACGAAACCCUUCGUCUCGGCAAACUCGCCUUUGUCUACUUGACCGACGUCAUUGGAGGUGGUAUAUAUCUCCUGCGCAAACCAUUGUCCUUCCUAUUCUUCCUUUGGCUCCUCGCCUUCGUUCUGGGACAUGUUUCUCACCAGUUGAAAAACGCCUUCAGGCCUUUAUGCAUCAUACCAGGAAUCAGCAGUUCCGACCUCUGUAAAUCCAAUACACAGGACACAUUCCGCGGCAAAUGGGCAGACUACGCGAAGCUCACUGAUGAUCAGGCCACCACAUUCGAAGAGCUUCUGGAUGCUUCAGUCGGUGGUUCUGCCUUGUCACUCGAGGUAAAGAAGGUGGAAAUGGCCAGCAAGGACCUUUUGACUCUGGUGCGAUUCAGUAAACUGACCAGUCGCGAUCUCAUUGCCGAAUCGUUGGACAGAUUCAUUGAUGAUGCACGUUCAACCGGUCGAGGUCUACAGAGGCUCUCUUCGAAAAUUGGAGGCGCCGUUGACUCGGUCAUGGCAGUCAAUAAUUAUGCUCUCCACACCAUCGAGGCUGCUCAAUCCAAUUCCGUCUCUCGCUCCAUUCGCCUCCUCGUUCCCUUCAUGAAACCGAAUACCAAAGAAGUUGUCCGACAAACCUUCGGUGAAGCCAUGACCGUGCUGUCGAACACAAUUCAGCGCCUCAUUGUCGAGGCCGAAGUCCAACUUGCCAAUCUUGAGAAACUCGAGGAGGAUCUUCUCGUUCUUCACGAGUUGAUCCACCGGGAAGAUACUUCCAUCUCAUCACAGAAAUCGGAAAUUCUCAGUGAGCUAUGGACCAAGCUGGGCGGUAACAAAGCGCGUAUUGAAGUGUUCGACAAACAUCUGUAUUUGUUGAAAAACCUUGGGGUUUAUAGGAAACAGGCACUGGCGCAUGUCGUCGCAGCACUGCAGACGCUUCGGGCGCUUAGUGACGAUAUGGAGGAUAUGAGGGAGAGGGUCACGGCACCUGAAUUAGUCGGUGAGAGUGUACCGGUGGACGUGCAUUUGAGAAGCAUUACCAUCGGGCUGGAAAGGCUAAAGGAGUCAAGAGUGAAAGCGAAGGAGAGGGAGGACGAAGCUAUCCGAAGAGUUUUACAAUUGGACCAGGCGGAUUAGAGAAUAUUAUACAGGCUGAUUUUAAGUGUGGUGGUGGUGGUUCAAAUAUCUUGUUUGUGUAUAUGUAGUCAACCCUCGUAGAACCUAAUAGAACAAGAACAGAAAUCAGGAUGUGGUGCCGUUACUUUCGUC